AAGUUGCAUGUGCGCUCCUAGAAAACCUAAAAAAGAGCAAGAAUGGGAAAACUAAACGUUUCCAUGUUAAGAUAUCUAACAAAAGAGGAUUUUCGAGUGUUAACUGCGGUUGAAAUGGGAUUAAAGAAUCAUGAGAUUGUACCAACUCCACUGAUUGCUUCGAUUGCACAUCUACAUGGAGGAGGCUGUCAUAAAGUAUUGAGAGAAUUAUGUAAACAUAGGCUGGUGGCUUAUGAACAUGCUGGUAGAAAAGCUGAAGGUUACAGACUUACAAUAGCUGGAUAUGACUAUUUAGCAUUGAAGGCACUUGCCAGCAGAGAGACUGUAUAUUCCCUUGGCAAUCAGAUUGGUGUUGGCAAAGAAUCAGAUAUUUACAUUGUAGCAGACAGUGAGGAUCAUCAGUAUGCAGCUAAAUUUCACAGAUUGGGAAGGACUUCAUUUAGACAGUUAAAGAACAAGAGAGAUUACCAUAAACAUAGGAACAAAGCAUCAUGGUUAUACCUCUCCAGGCUGGCAGCCAUGAAAGAGUUUGCAUACAUGAAGGCUUUAUAUGACAGAAAAUUUCCAGUACCAAAACCAAUAGAUUUCAACAGACAUACUGUUAUAAUGGAGUUACUGAGUGGACAUCCCAUGUGUCAAGUAAGAGAAUUAGGAGAUCCAGCCCAGGUGUACAGUGACUCUAUGGAACUAAUUGUACGAUUAGGGAAUUGUGGUGUCAUACAUGGGGACUUUAAUGAGUUUAACCUGAUGGUUGAUGAUGACGGGAAUUUAACAAUGUACGAUUUCCCACAGAUGAUAUCUACAUCGCAUGCUAAUGCAGAAUGGUACUUCAAUAGAGAUGUAACUUGUAUCAGAGAAUUCUUUAUAAGAAGAUUCAAUUAUGAAAGUGAACUGUAUCCUAGUUUUUCUGAUAUAAAACGUACAGAUGAUUUGGAUGUAGAAGUUGCAGCUAGUGGAUAUACUAAAGAUCUAGCUGAGUCAUUUAAUGAGGCUGCAGAAGAACUUAAUAUUUUAAAAGGACCUGAGGAGGAAAAUUCAGCAGAAACAAAAGAAAAUUCAGAGGAAGCAUGUGGUGAUGAUGAAAGUGAAGAUUGCAAUUCAGAAGGCAGUGAUUGUCAUGAAAAGGACGAUUCUGAUUUACAAUUAGAGGACAAAAUUAAUAGCUUAGAAAAAUUAGACAGUACAUCACCUAAUAAAGUCAAACCUGAUAAAUUUGAAGUUAUUUUGGACAAAGAUGGUGACAGAUUAAAAGAAAAUAUUUCAGGGGGUGAGAGUAAUGAUGAACUUGAAGAUUUAAGUGUAUCUAACAGAGAAUAUAAGCCUUUUAGAAAUGAAGAAAGCAUGGAACACAUCAAUGAACAUUUAACUACACAUCAACGUCAAAGAAAUUCAGACAGUAUGUCAAGUAAUAUUUCUUCUGUUAUGGCUCCAGAUCUUGUCAAACAAAAGGUUAAAAGACAGAUUAAAUCUGCUAAACACAGACAGGAAGCUAGGAGGAUUAGAAAAAGUGGUGAAGCAUCGUUAGUCACCAGAAAAAAGAGAGAUACACAAAAUGACAUUGAACAGAGCAUGGGUGCUGUCUGGGGAAUGUGAACUAUUGUAAUAAAUUGAAAAAUGAAAAAAUAGAAAAAUAAAUUGUAUAAAACUAUA